CUCACCUUUGCCAGUCUCAUCUCGUGUCUGCUUUGUUAAAUUCCAUGAUCCGGACUCAGCAGUUGUGGCACAGCAUCUGACAAACACUGUAUUCGUUGACAGAGCUUUGAUAGUCGUACCGUAUGCAGAAGUUCUUUUCCCUGGUUCAGCCUGAACUAUAUACCAGGCCCUGCUGAAAAUACCACCCAACAGUUUUCUUCUGCAGCUUAUCCAGUUUCUCUUAAGUGCCCUGUACAUAUUGUAUGUUUUAUGAUGAGAUGCAGUUUCUUAAUAUGUAUUACAGAAAUACUACUGGUAUUUGCAAAUAUGUAGUUUAAUUGUAUUAUUGAACUCUCAUUUUGGGGGCUUGGGCACAUUAACAGAUUAAUCCAUCUGAAUAGGGCUUUUGCUGUUGGAUAGAAUUUAAAUUGUCAAAUAUUUGUCUUAGGACCCAUAGAUUUUAUCUGAAUACACAGAUUAGGCUUUAAAAACAGACAUAUUUGUCACUUUUUUCUUAAGGAGUUCGGCUACAUUAGCUUUCGAACUGACAUUAUAUAGCAUCAUUUUUGGUAUGGUUAGCAUGGCACUUGUUGGAUCAUAAAGCAUUUUACUGUACAGGUAAGGAAUGUGCCAUGUUGUUUUACCUAUUCUCUCUCUCACACAUGCACACACAUACACAUCCAUUGUGUAUUCAGAGACCUCAAACAUUCAUACUCAUUUUCAUGAGCCAGCAAAAGCCCUACGCUUGAUUCCAACAGAAUAUUUCCUUUACAUACUUUUCUUCUCUUAAUUUUUACAAAAUUUGUGUGGUAGGUGUAAAAGAAAAUCAUAGUAACUGUACCAUAUUAUUAACCCCUAAAUCAAACUUUUUUUGUCUUGUGUAUCUUGAUUUUUCUGUGUGCUUUAUAGUGAAGCAGCCGACACGAGUCGUUGUUCAUAAAACAGCUUUUGAAAGUUGAGAGCACACCCCUGGAGAACCGACUGUGCUUGCUUACGUUUGGUUCAUGACUUAAAAAUCGAGUACAGGAGUUAUUCCUGAUGAGACUAAGGCUUUGUCUCUGUUGGCACCAGCUAAUGCAGUGGCAGGUCUUCUGCCUGGUGGUGGACUCCUGCCCACGCCUAACCCUCUUACACAGAUUGGCGCUGUUCCAUUGGCUGCUUUGGGAGCUCCCACUCUUGAUCCUGCCCUUGCUGCACUUGGGCUUCCUGGAGCAAAUUUGAACUCUCAGUCUCUUGCCGCAGAUCAGUUGCUGAAGCUUAUGAGUACUGUUGAUCCAAAGUUGAAUCAUGUAGCUGCUGGUCUUGUUUCACCAAGUCUGAAGUCUGACACCUCUAGUAAAGAAAUAGAGGAAGCUAUGAAAAGAGUACGAGAAGCACAGUCCCUGAUUUCUGCUGCUAUAGAGCCAGAUAAAAAGGAUGAAAAAAGAAGACAUUCAAGAUCAAGAUCACGUUCGAGGAGGAGGAGGACUCCCUCCUCUUCAAGGCACAGGCGAUCAAGAAGCAGAUCAAGAAGACGAUCCCAUUCUAAGUCAAGGAGUAGGCGACGAUCCAAAAGUCCAAGACGGAGAAGAUCUCAUUCCAGAGAGAGAGGCAGAAGGUCAAGGAGCACAUCAAAAAAUAGAGACAAAAAGAAAGAAGACAAAGAAAAGAAACGUUCCAAAACGCCACCAAAAAGCUACAGUACGGCCAGACGUUCUAGAAGUGCAAGCAGAGAAAGACGACGAAGACGAAGCAGGAGUGGAACAAGAUCUCCUAAAAAACCCAGGUCUCCUAAACGAAAAUUGUCACGGUCACCAUCCCCUAGGAGACACAAAAAGGAAAAGAAGAAAGAUAAAGACAAAGAAAGAAGCAGAGAUGAAAGGGAACGAUCAACAAGCAAGAAAAAGAAAAGUAAAGAUAAAGAAAAAGACCGAGAAAGAAAAUCAGAGAGUGAUAAAGAUGUAAAACAGGUUACUCGGGAUUACGAUGAAGAGGAACAGGGAUAUGACAGUGACAAAGAGAAAAAAGAGGAGAAGAAACCAACUGAAGCCAGUUCACCUAAAACAAAGGAGUGCUCUGUGGAGAAGGGAGCUGGUGAUUCACUAAGAGAGUCCAAAGUGAACGGGGAUGAUCAUCAUGAGGAAGACAUGGAUAUGAGUGACUGAGUGUUGCCACUCUAGGACUGCAGCUGUACACAUGCAUCAGUGUCAUUCCUUUGUGUGAUUUCUUAAUGCUGUAUUUGUUCAUCUCAAACCUAGAUGUACACAGCUGAGUUUCAAAUGGUUAUAAAGCUUCUGACAGUGGUAGUAUUGACAUCAAAAGGCUUUUCGGAAGUGGUAAUGGGUAAACAGUUUGUGUGGUGAAAGCUGAUUGAAGAACCAAGCAGUUUUACUAUUCUGGUGCUGCUUCUUAACAAAAAUGAAAAAGCUGCAUGCAUCUACAGCAGGCAUGGAUUGUUUAUGUUGUAUGAUCUGCCUAUUAUGUGAGUUCAUUUAGACUAUUUCUAAAAUUUGAUUCAUUGCCGAAAUAGCACCAUGUAGGGAAUGCACUGAUUGCAUGUUACUGUGGCAAGAAUAUCCUAAAUGUCAUUGAAAUCCUUCAACAUGAUGGAUCUACUUACGGUCUUGUUUAUCAACAUGAGAAAUUAAUAUUUUUAGAUUACAUCUGGAAAUGAGCAUUUGAAAUGAAUGAUCCUUUGAGCCUUAUGGCUAAAUUUUUGUGGCUUUUGUUUAACUUUGAAAGGUUGUAUAUGCACUAACCUUUUUUGAUGGCCGAUUAGGGUUUAAUUGCAGAAAUAAGGUUUGAAAGAAAAUUGUCUUUCGCAGUGGGUAAAUAGCCUAAUUUGAAGUAGAGUUGUAUAAUUUUCCUUAGGUGUUUAGGGAUAUGAUAUUUUUUCCUGAAAUAAUUUAUUCCAUCUCUACAUCAGUGAAAGCUAUCCACCUGUUCAGAGUUCUGUAAAAUAAAGUUAACUGUUCUGAUUUGCAAAGUUCUAAACUCACUGUUGGAAAAAAGGGGUAGUGCAUUUUAAAUUGACCUUCAUAUGCUUUUAGAAUAAGACAAAUCCACUUGAUAAUGUACUUUUAUUUGAUCUCAAGUUGUAUAAAACCAAUAAAUUUUGUGUUACUGUUAUUACAGUAGUGAUCAUAUGCAUACAGUGAUUCCAUGUUAUACAAAGUAGUUAGGCAACUUGUUCUUAGUUACACAAGUUGCAAGCUUCACUUUUGUGCAGCAGAUGCAGAAGUAGGCUACAGUCUGUGCCAUGUUGAUGUACAGUUUCUGAAAUUGUUUUACAAGACUUUGAUAAUAAAACCCUUAAACUUAU